AUUGCGAGUAUCUAUUUCUGCUGUUUAAGGAAGAGUUUGCGGACUGGAUAUCAGAUAUUUUCGGCAAAAUCAAAACGGUGUAUACACAGGCAGAAAAGAUAA